GCCGAUUCAGACUUUUAGUGACACACGUCUCUCUACUUCCUUGUUCACUAAGUUUUGUGAUUUUGAAGAAAAUCCCCCAAAUUACGAAUUCAUUAGAGGUGAAUGGAUUGUGUCAAUGAGGUAGAACGAAAAACAGGGCAUAUAUGAUUCACUUUUCACUCAAAGAAAAUGAGAAUGUGAAUGAGUGACCUUGACUGAAGACAGUAUGGCCAACAAAGGGCCAUGGCAGCCAGCUAUCCUUCCAUCCACCGUAAUGUAUUUCUAUGGUCGGGUCACACGAGAGGAAGCUGAGUGCAUCCUCCAGGGACAUGGGGCUUUAGAGGGACUCUACCUUCUUCGGGAGAGCAUCGGAGUCCUCGGCAACUUUGCCAUCAGUAUCUGUCAUAAUAACAAUGUCCACCAUUACGCUAUAGAGAAGCAGCAUGAUGGUCAGUACCGCAUCGGUCAAGGCCGUCCAUGCAACGGCCCUGUAGAAUUGAUCCAGCACCAUCAAGUUGAAAUUGACGGCUUCAUCACCAUUCCUACCCAUCCCUGCAACCGACUCCCAGGCCAGUCCCCCAUAGCCUUCCGUGGAAUGACCUAUGUUGACCUAGAAAAUGCGUUAUUGACUAAGGCUGAGAAAGAAAAAAUUAAACCAGAAUCUAUCUUCGGGGCACAGCGACAACACCUGAUACUAAAGGUAGCCAUGGACUUACACCAGAAGCAGCCAUGGUUUCACAAUAGAAUUUCCCGAGACGAAGCCCUUCAACGUCUAGAAAGGGACCAAGAUCACCAGAAUGGAAAGUUUUUAGUGCGUUUGCGUGAUGAUAAAAGGUCUUUUGCCCUUACACUGAUGUACACGAACGAGCCACGACACUACAUUAUACAGAAACAACCGGGAGAUAAUAAGCUAGGCAUUCCAGAGGGACCCAAGUUUGAUUGUCUCCUCAUGAUGAUUGACCACUACCACAAUAAAUCAGACGGUCUAUUAUGUAAAUUAACGAGUCCCUGUGUGGUACCAGGAUAUGACACCAAGAGACUCUCCAAAUAUCUUGAGAGUUGUAGCAACAAUGUAAACUACACAAGUGUGUCCAGCAUAGUACGUAACAACAGCACAAGCAGGUCUUCUAACCUUGAAACGGGUGGGGCAUCACGUUCUGGGAGUACAAAGCGAGCAUUACCUCCGGCCCCAAAAGGUAAGGCUAGCACUGCCAAGCAGAAUGGGGCUUCUAAUCGCCCUUCCCUGCCAUCCUCACGGCGACCCGGUCUACCCCCACUGCCGGCACAAGAUGUUUUAGCCAGAGGCGAGUGGGAUCCCCCCGAGCAUACAUCACGAAAUGGAAUGGACAUGGAUGAGGUGGACUCCAAGAUCUAUGACACAGUGCCCCGUAACAAAGAGACCUUCAACCUGAGGCGUGACCAGAUCACACUGGAGGGGGAUUUAGGUUCUGGACAGUUUGGGUCGGUGAAAAAGGGAAUGUGUUCAAUACGUGGAGGUCAGACGAUUCCUGUAGCUGUGAAAACUUUGAAGAAUGAAGAUGUCUCCGGUCAAGCUGAGAUGAUGAAGGAAGCAGAGUUUAUGAGUCAACUGACAAAUCCUUACAUUGUCCGAAUGAUUGGUGUGUGCAAAGCUGAGAGUAUCAUGCUUGUCCUGGAAUUAUUGCCCUGCGGGCCUCUCAACAGUUAUUUAAAACAGAAUAAAGACACACCACAAUGGAAUGUGUGUGAACUCAUGUGGCAGGUUGCGGAGGGUAUGAACUUUUUAUCUGGCAAGAAGUUUGUUCAUCGAGAUCUUGCUGCCAGAAAUGUACUACUAAGCAAUCGACACACAGCCAAGAUCAGUGACUUUGGGAUGUCAAAAGCAUUGGGCAGGGAAGGAAAUUACUAUGAGGCCAGCGAGGCAGGACGGUGGCCGCUGAAGUGGUAUGCCCCAGAGUGUGUGUACUACUGGAAGUUUGACACCAAGUCUGAUGUAUGGAGCUAUGGUGUUACACUGUGGGAGGCGACAUCAUACGGUGAAAAACCAUACAGGAAGAUGAAGGGGCAAGAAAUAUUGGAGUUUGUGGAAAACAACAACAGACUGACCAAACCUGAGCAUUGUCCGGAGGACAUUUACGUUAUAAUGUUGGAAUGUUGGAAAUAUGACAAAAAAGAGCGGCCUUCAUUUUCGGAGUUAGCGGUGAAGAUGGAAUACCAGUAUAGAAGUCUAAAGGAGAAUGGAGGCUGAACAUAUCUGUAACUGGUGAAGAGAAAAAACUGUUGAUUCUACAGUGUUGACAAGUGACACCAAUCAUGUUUAUCACCUAGAUUGGUUCUUUAUGCUACUUUUAACACAGUGCUACACACAUUAAGGGUGAAAGCUUUACCAAGUAUAAUUAUAUACCACAAAUUCCAGAUGGAUAACAAGCUAGUUAUUCUUUUCUGAAGGACCAGCAAAAUGCAUGUACCGGUAUUCAGUGAUAGGAGAUGUUUCAUUCUUCUUAGUGUAAAAAUAUGCUUUAAAGUUUUAAAUUUUCAGCUGACCAAAUCAUGAUUGUUUAAAAAUAUUUAUGUGCAUAGAUACAUGUUUUUUCUGUACCUUAACUUAAGGAAAUUCUUUUACUUCAGUUUUCCAUAAAGCAUCAUCAUAGUUUAUCUUCAAUGAAGAAAAUUUGCCUUACAUUCAGUUAUAUUUACAUUUGCGCUGCAACCCACUAUAUGAACAUUACCAGAAGAAAAACAUUUCAUUUGAGUAUGAAAGCAAAAACUCUCGUGACGUAACACAUGGUUUACUUAUGACGUCCUAGAUUAGUCUGUUAAAUGAGAGUCUUGUCACUUCACUUUGGAUAACAUGGAGAAUGACCCUGCGUCAAACACUUAAAUGACUACGAUUAAUUAUUGGCGCCAAUUUUAGUUAAAUAGGGCCAAUGUCGUUUGAAGGACGCACAUAUACAAAACACAUUAGAUAAAUUAAUUAUUUAAGAACAAAUCAUAUAUGUACUAAUCUGUAAAAAAGGUGAAUAGUUAGUAUACAUUGGUGAAACAUCAAAUAUGAUGAAAGAAAGAAUUCAAGGACACCUACAUCUGAUUAGAUCUGGAGAUACAUUUAAUUCAGUACCACUACACUUCAACAACAACGGGCACACAGUAAAGGAUCUCAAAAUUGUAAGAAUAGAAAUGGUUAAGAAGCCCAGAGUAAUAUUUAGGCUUGAGAGGAGAGGGAGAGAUUUUAUAUUAACAAGUAUGGUACUCUCAACCAAUUGAAUAAAAAAGAAUAAGAAAUAAGUACAGGAAAUUAUGACGUCAAAAUGACAUCUAUGACGUCAUAAGGUAGUUUCCUUAGUGAUGGACAUAAACAUGGAGGCAUUUGAUAAAGAUGGCUGUGCUAUUGAAACAUUGUGCAAAAACAAAUCAUAAUUAAUGAAUUUAAGAACAAAUAAAUAAAAUUAAACACUAUGGUUAUAUAGGUAAAGUGUAAAUCUAUGGAUUGAACGGCAUAUUUUUAAUUUUUAUGUCAGUAUGAACGCAAAUCUGUUACAUCUAUAUUAAACAUGAAACGCUAGCGGGCUUCAUGCAGUAUGGAUGUAACCGAUUUGCGUUCAUACCGGCAUGAAAAUUAAAAAAACAUUGUCCAAUCCAUAUAUGUAUGCAUUACUAAUGGCAAUUUUAAGUUAAGGAAUUUCCUAAAGUUAAGAAAAGUUCUUGGAAGAUGAAUAUCAGUAUAGGGCCUGGUACUGUUAUCCUACAUAUUAUAGAGGUAUUCCUAUUUUAGUGCCUUUUGCACCAUCUCUGAUGUGCUUAUUUAUGUACAGUGCUAGAUGUGAAUUUUAAAGGAUACAAUUUCCAAUGUCAUUUGCUCAAGCACAUAGUUAAUUGGUGAACGAUAACUUAACAUAAAAUUUCAAUAAUAUUUAAUGUAUUUAGAUAACUAAAGGAUGAUUGAAAUUCAAAUCUAAAAUUUGAGAAUGUUCAUUUAACAUAUUGAUCAUAUUUUGCAAGUUGUCAGAAAUCGUAUUUUGAAAACUUCUUGAUAACAAGUUGUUAAGCUAACCAUGCUUUGAACACAGACCCCAUACAUGACUCUGCCGAUGUCAAGUACAUUCAGAGUUAAUUAAAAUCAAAGCACCUGUACCUAACAGAACUAUUCUGGACUGAUAUAUCAAUAUAGUGUGGGUCAAUCCUCUGACAGUAGAGUGUGUAUGGUGUGAAUACGUGUAAGAGCAUAUUGCGAUAAAUUAUAGAAAGUUAGGAAGAAAAUAGUUUCUUUGAAUCACUAAUAAAAGCAAUAUGAAUUCCAUAAAAGAUUAGUUGCCAAUUUUGGUACAAAAACUGAAAUGGAUCAAACUCCAUUUUAUCCAACUUAUUUCAUUCAUUCUGCAAUAAACUCUGGUAAUUCCUGAUUCGAACAAGGUGCAGGCUUACAAUAGGACAUUGAAGUGAUACUGUUGGCUUUUAUUGACUGAUCAGCAAUAGUAGGCGUAUUACCAGAUAUCGGCUUAUUGUUGGAUCAAUACUGUAGCAUAUCUACUGUACAUUAGAUAAGAAAAAAACAGCAUUUCUAUUACGAUCUCAAAUGUUUGAAAAUAACUGAAAAUAUCAUUUUAACUGUUUGGAAAAGUCGAUCUGAAAUAUUUUACCUAAAAUCCUUCCUGCUACUAUAGAAACUAAAUCCUGUAGAUGACUUUAAGAAGUUUCUCUUUACAUUGGCCAUUUAUACUCGGAAUCCAUGCAUACUAAAUAUAGUGUU